AUGGCAUCCAGCAAGCCCCUCGUCCUAGUGAUUGGAGGCACCGGAGUCCAAGGCAUUCCCGUCGUCAAAGAACUAGCCCAAGACGGCGCCUACAACAUCCGUCUCAUAACCCGCCGAGCCAACUCCCAACACGCACAAGAGCUCGCCCAGCUCCCCGGAGUAACCAUCAUCGAAGGCGACAUCUACUCCGAGAGCGAUCUCCACAAAGCCUUCUCAGGUUGCACGCACGCAUUCGUCAACACCAACGGCGGGGCCAUCGGCGAAAAAUCCGAAAUAUAUUGGGGCAUCCGAUAUUUCGAGCUCGCACGCACGCACAAGUUGCAGCAUUUCUUGUACUCCAGUCUGGAAUAUUCACUCAAAAUCUCAGAUUUCGAUAAUGAUUACAGAGAUGGACAUAUGGAUGCGAAAGCCAAAGUGGCGGAUUGGAUUAGCGUGCAGGAUAAGAAGAAGAUGAAGUGGAGUGUUUUGACAAGCUGCUUAUAUAUGGAGAUGUUGAAUGAGAUGUUAGCUCCUCAUCCUGAUAAGGAGGAUCCGGAAGUUUUGGCGUUUAGUGCGCCGUUAGGUCCGAGGGGAAGUGCACCGUUGAUUGCGUUGGAGGAUUUUGGUAAGUAUGCUAGAUGGAUUUUUGACCAUCCGGAAAAGAGCAAUGGGCUUAAUCUCCAUGUUGCUUCUCAGGAAGUUGUUUGGGCUGAUAUACCUGCUGCGUUUACUGAGGUCACUGGGAAGAAAACAGUGUAUAGGGAUGUGACGUUGCAGGGCUGGUUCGAUCUCGGGAUAUUCCCAGAUCCGGAUGCGAAGUUUGGACAUAGUGCUCCUGGGGAUGAAGGAACGUUGCAGACGUAUCGGGAGAAUUUUGGGGGCUUCUGGAACUUUUGGAAGAGUGGCAGAGUGAGAAAGGAUUGGGUUCUGAUGGACGAGAUUUUGCCGGGGAGAAUCAGGUCUGUGGGGGAGUGGAUGAAAAAGAGCAGGUAUGAUGGAAACAUUAAGCCCUUACUGCAUGAUUACCAUGGCCCCGAAAGAAGCUUUGGAAAGGGCAUGAAGUUUGAUACCGCGUCGCGAUCUUAG